AAACACCCAUCGAUUAUGCGACGGAAGAGUGAUUUUGAGCUGAACGGACAGUGCGGCAUACAAGUUGGCGCGGGCGACGGACGCUGUGAAAGCGAAGCACCUGUUUUAUUUUCAUCACACUUCUAAGCUUUCUGAAGAUAGGAAUGAAUCAAUCAAUCUCAAAGACAAACCAAACACUUGAGCACGACAUUGACAAAAUCUUCGGAGAAAUUCAGAAGUCCUUCAAUGAAAAGGGAGACGAAAAGAAAAGACGUGGUAAGCUUGGGAAGAGAAAAUUUGUAGAAAUGUCAAUUAUGAAGCAGUGGAAGAGCAUCGACGCUUUAAACGAACAACAAAUUCAUAAUCGGAAAGAGGUGAACAGAAUAUUUAAAGACAAGUCUAAACAGAUAUUGAAGAAGUGGAAGUCGGAGUUAGUGGAGAAUAAAUUACUUGCAGAAAAGCUAAAAAAAGAAUCAAAGAAGCUGUCUGUAUUGCUGCAUAGACUUCCUGAUCCUGACUCGAAUUCAGAAACAAAAUCGGAAAAAGUGCAUAAACAUUUCAUCAACAGCCAGAAUUAUGUGAAUAAAUCUCAUAAAAUGCAGCUCAAAAUGGAGUAUACUCGACUGAAGAAAACUCAUAGCAAGGAAAAUAUGUAAUAACGUUAUUUAUUUCCAUACUAUUAACUUUCAUUAUUUGAAAAAAACUGAUUCUAUCUGUGUUGAAUCUAUGAAGUAUGACAGAAACAAGGACAAUUUCAAUAUUCGAAUUUAUUAUACAAAUACUGUAAUUACACUUUUUACAAUAUGUAUAAAAAUAUAGCAGACUUUUACUGAA